AUGACCCUGUCAGCAUUGGAUUAUCUGCUAGUUGACGUGGGAGAAAACGUGUCUUCGGCCGAAUACUCAGAAACUCGGAGUCUGCAAACUGUGUUGGAGGACUCUGAGCUGCUUGAUGACAACUUUCAAUCUGGUGUUCUGCAACAUCAAGCAUCCGCACCACAACUGACUUUUUCUUCGAGUGCUUCAAUUUAUGAAGCGGACAGAGUGGCAGCCUACUCGGAUUUUUUGGGGCUUGAAGCCAUUACCGACACAAAACUCGCUAGAGGCCAACUCGAUCAAUCUAUUGCAUGCUUGCCUCCAUGUGCUGGGGAAAGAAUCGGAGUCUUCUCAGAAUUUUCUCACACGGAAUUUUCUGACCAUGGUCUUUUUUCGGUGAACGAUUUGCCCCCUCAUAAAGAUGAGGCACAAGUUAUGCUUGAUGUCAAACGGCUGUUCACAGAGAUGUGCCAAUACCACUCGUUCAAUGUGGGAGGACAAUCUUCAUACACGACCAUUCUUACAACGGAAGAUAUCGAUAUAUUGCGCAAAAGACUUUACUGCUUGGUAAUCCGUGUUUUACGAAAGUAUCCCACGCUAAAUUACUAUCAAGGGUACCAUGAUAUCGCGAGUGUAGUACUAUUGGUGUGCGACGAAGGACGCGAAAGCUCCGAUGAAAACGCCUUUUGUAUCUUGGAGGCAUUGACCAUCAAUCACUUGCGAGAUUAUAUGAUUCAAGACAUUUCACUCACCACUAACCAUUUGAAGCUCAUCCCGCUUUUGAUAGAGAAUACCGAGCCGGUCUUAUUUGAACUUUUGAAACACGCAAACAACAAUUACAUAGCCACGGAUGGCAUGUACUACGACUACAAGUUCCUCCCAGCAUUGCUGUCCAUCUUAACACUAUUCAGUCAUGACUUAACCAAUGGAAAUCUACUUUUACUUGCGUGGGAUUUCAUUCUAGGACAUGGGUCUAUAACUGCUAGUGUGUACAUAUACGCUGCUAUAUUGAUACACUACAAGUCUAUUAUUUUGGAUGAAUUGGGGCUAGAGGAUAAUUGUGAUUUUGAAAAUAUUGACUCCGAUCUUGCACAUUCCCUUCUCUCGCCUGCGAGCCUUUUUUCGAAUUUGAAUGAGUCUACAUUCAUUGAGGUAUUGCAAAGCGCGGCUGAAUUAAUACAGUACCAUGACCUUGAGUGUCUACCGAAUUCUAGUGAGACGUUCGACAUUUGGUUCAAAAAUUUCAAUUCAGACUCUGUCAUCAUGACAUCGUCAAGACUUCGGCGUGUUCCGUACUUGCGGGGGCUUGUAUCGCAAACACCUAAUCCUGAUGAAAUAAAAGCUCUUAUUGCCACUCAAGAAUCUCAACAACAAGGAGAGCUUCUACAUGAAGCAGGACUUUUGCAAAAGGCAUUUGAUCAGGUAGACUCUCUUGCGACUUUGGUUAAUUCAGAAUUUGGCGAUGCCGAGAGCUCAAGACUGAGCCUUGUUUCCUCUUUUAUGAGUCUUAAGGCAGUGUCUUCAAGUCUCAAUGAAACAUUGAUCAACAGCCCCUCGAAUUUUUUAAAGAAAAUCACAUCUCUAGAGGGGGAUGGCGAUCGGAAUAGACAUUGGCCAAAAAUAAAUCUUGGUUUAUCAAUUUACAAACUUAGUUUGACGAUUGGCUUUUUGGGCUUCAUACUCCACUUCCUUGUGAAGCAAUCGGAAUUCGGGGCUUUAUUCAAGCUCUCCACAAAAAGCGCUUUUCAGACUGCUGCAAGAUAUGUGGAAACUUUUGGAGAGACCAACUUUAUUAGAGUUGUAAACAGAUUGAGCUCGGCCGUCACAAAUAUCAAAGAGCUCGGCCCUGUAAAAGACUUGGCAGAUAUCACACAAGUCGGGUUGGGUUCAAUCAAGAGGUCGAUUUAUACGAUGGGCUUUCAGCAGUGA